AGUUCCCAUUCGAUUCGGGCUGUUAGUGCGGCGUAGUGUGUGCGUUUUAAUUGCCGUAAUUGUUUUUCCAGGAGAAAAAAAAUAAAGAAACCAGCACAAUGAAGCACUGUAUCGAUGCAUAAGCCGAUGAGAUAUUCUAGAGCAAUCAUCCAUCGAUUCCCUUAGCGAGAAGUAGAUUAAGUGAACAUUUGCGCACAAAAACAACACCAGCAGGAAAAUCAAACGUUAAGUUACAGCGAGACGAAUAUUGGAAAAACAACAUUUGCUACAGCUGGUUUUUGAUCUGACACGCACCGGACGGGGUUUGCCGUAGUACUUUCCUCAGUGGGUAGUGAAAAAUAUAUGUAAAUUGACCCUCGAGAGAGCGAGGUAGGGCAAACGCCGACCCGCGUUUAGUGGGGGAUGGGCAACACUUAAGGAUUUUUCAUCUUCCCUCAUUUUUACUACUCUCGAGGCGAAUGUUUGUGAAAGUAGAAUUUAUUGCACUUUUUGCAUAAACACAAACCAGAUUUAUUGUUAUUCCCGUUACUCGAACAGACCCGCUAAUCGACUGGAUACUUGGUGCAGGUUUUAAGGCCUUCAAUCAAAAGGAGGCAGUGAGUGUGUGAGACGAGGCGACAAGGCGAGCAGAGAAUUUCAAUGUAACUAGCUGUAUGCACCAUGAGCUACACCGCGGAGGAAAAAAUCAAACUGGCCGGCGAAGACUCCAAAGACCGGUUGUACGAAACCAAACAGAACCAGAAAGCAAUCCGCAUCCUAACGGUUGCCGCGUAUGUCCUGUGUGUCUCGCUGGUAGCCAUAAUGCUCUCCCUAUACUACAUCUUUCUGUGGGAUCCAAGCACCAAUCAGAUGAUGACCAAAACGCAAACAGUUGAUAACAUCGUAAUACCGGACAAUCUUGCCAUUCAGCUAGCGAACAAGAGCGAAGUCCCGGCGGAACUUUUCUACACCAAUCUCUACCGGAAUCUGAUCCACAGUAAGGCCGUCAAGGCGCUCAAAUCGGCCGCCAUCAACGAAUCGUCCAAUUUGACCCGAUUGAUCCAGCAGUACCAGCGACAACGACAACAGAGUGAACAGAGCGAGCAAGACCAAACCCAGUUGGAGCCGCUGGGGUUGCCAACCGUAUCCGGAGGCGGGGAAAUGGGCGCAUCGCAACAGACGGAACUGAUGAUGGCCGACGAAGACGACGGUGGUGACGAUUACGAGCAGAGCGGCAACUAUGGUUUGUACUCGAACCACACCACGAUACAGCUGGAUCAGGAUGAGGCGCAGCAGUGAGAGCACUCGCUUUUGUCACACAUUCACACAUCUGCACACACACAAACAAUCGGAGCCGUUAGUAAAAACCGAGAUGCUGAAGAAGAUAUUGGAAUGUUCUUUCUUUCGUCUCUUCAACUAUACUUUUGACAAUUGAUGAAACGUUACGAAAAACAAAAAUCUACAACGGUGGCCUGAAUUUUGAAAUCUUACUCUUUGAGAGCAGCGACACUAAACAUACGAAAAGAAAGACGAAGAAACAAACAAAUAAGGAACAAAACUAAUUAAUGCUUUAAUUAAUGUUAGUUCAUCUUUUAACAAUCGGAUAUAACUUUUAACAUCUUUAACUAACUUAUGAAGUAAGUCGACGUUUAUCUAAAUGGUCCCCAUAUAGGCUAUCCCUUUGAAAAUCUCCACACAAACCUGCCACAGUCGUUGUGCAAGAGAGCAAAGCAAAGUUAAUCGAAUUAUAUAUAUAUAUCUCUACCACAUAAGCACCUAAACUGAACAUUUUUUUACACUUUCAAACAACAACUCGUAGAUUCAAUCGAUGAAGAAAACUGAAUGAAUCAGUAGGGACAGCGGUCCAAGAAUGAUCAAAAUAAUCGAUAGGUGAUACGUAAAAGGGGAACCAAACGCAAAGCAAGACACAGUAGUGAAACGUUAAAAAAACAAAUCUUUUAAGGAUCCGUUAAGUUUGAGUGGAAAACAGAAAUAAAGAGUUCGAGGAAUAUGUA